AUGAGAGGCCUUGGGCUGCUCCGAGCGGAAUGGGAAGCGCACCUUCAACACUUUGCCAUAUCGAGCAAGCUUUCGAAAGUUGAGGACGGCUUGUUCCUGAGUAUCGCGAAUUGUGAUGACGAAAUGACGGCUUGCGUUAAAACUCUGAACGUUGUGGGUGAUACGACAAGAUCACUAAGAGCAGCACUGCGAAACGAAGCAUACGAUCGCUGGUGUAACCUAUCAUACCAAGGCUCAGGAGUCAUUCACUUCAGUCAGCACACAGCGAGCAACGAUUUUGUCUACAAUAAGAACUCACUUUCGUCAUCGGAAUGGGUAGCAGCAAUAAAGCUUAGCAUCAACUAUGCGAAUCUAAAUGGAGUACCAGGCGUCUCGACCACUUCCAGCCUCUGCCGUAAAUGUGACAGAGAGAAUGAAACGAUUUCACACGUAUCUGGAAGUUGUCCAUCGAGUAGCCUGCUAAUCACAGCUAGACACCAUAGCGUUAAGCAUACAAUCGCCGACAUGUUACGUGAGAAAGGAUUCGAAUGCUUUGAUGAAGUUUACGCUAUCGAUACCGACGGAAAAACUCGCUUCAGCAUCGAAAAACGCCUUCAUCAUUGA